UCCAACAUCGCUGCUGUCCUCAGUCUGACAGGAACACCAGGACUCUGCAGGACAUUUCAGGACUCUUCAGGACUCUACAGGAACAUGGACCCUAAGCGUCUCUCAUCAAGCUCUCAGCAGCCAGUCCUUUUCAGGAUAAAGAGGACAAAGAGAGAAUGGAGACCGCUGGAGGACCGGAGCUGCACAGACCUGCCCUGGUUCCUGCUCUUCACCGUCUUCUGCGUCGGCAUGGGCAGCAUCUGCGGCUUCACCAUAGUUACCGGUGGUGCCGCUCGCCUCAUCUUUGGAUAUGACAGCUAUGGCAACACCUGCGGUCAACGCAACGAGCAGAUUGAAGGCAUCCGGCUCAGUGGCCUCGACCAUACCGACAGGAAGUUUGUCUUCUUCCUGGAUCCCUGUAACAUCGACAUCGUUCAGAGGAAAAUCAAAUCCAUGGCUCUCUGUGUGUCUCUGUGUCCCACAGAGGAGCUGAAGACCUACCAGGACCUGAAGAGGUUCGCCAUGAUCAACGGGUCAGAGCUGUGCUCCUACGAGUUAGCUGGUCAUAAAUACCCCGGCCUACCUGAGAGGUUCUCCAAGUGUCCCAAGCUUCCUGUUCCACCCAGUAAACCGUUGCCAGUGUUUAACCGCUGUACUCCUCUGGAUGUUUCCUGUUACGCAAAGUUUGCGGAGGCUGUGGUGACGUUUGUUGGUGACAACAGUGUUUUGCACCGACUAAUUGCUGGUGUCGCAGCCAGUAAAGAGAUCAUCAUUGGACUGUGUGUUCUUGCUCUGGUCCUCUCUAUGAUCCUCAUGGUGAUCAUUCGUUAUAUCUCAGCCAUCCUUGUCUGGAUCCUCACCUCGCUGGUCGUCCUUGGAUCCCUUGCGGGGACCAGCGUCCUCUGGUGGCUCUACAUCGACCACCGGCUGUACGGAAACAACACCAACACUAAACUGACAAAGGAAGUGAAGGAGGAGGUGGAGAUCAGCAGAGACAGCGGGCAGGCGCUGCUCGUCUACGCCGUCGCUGCCACCAUCUUCACCAUCGUCCUGCUGCUGUUGAUGUUGUUCAUGAGGAAACGAGUUGCUCUGACCAUUGCUCUGUUCCACGUGGCGGGGAAAGUCUUCAUCCACCUCCCCCUACUCACCCUGCAGCCCUUCGUCACCUUCCUCGCCCUCCUGCUCUUCUGGAUCUACUGGAUCCUAGUCCUACUCUUCCUGGGAACCACCGGGAACCCGGUCCAGAACGAGGAGACAGGUCUGACGGAGUUCAGACUGACUGGGCCUCUGCAGUACCUGACCUGGUACCACGCUGUGGGUCUGGUCUGGAUCACUGAGUUCAUCCUGGCCUGCCAGCAAAUGACUGUAGCUGGAGCUGUGGUCACUUACUACUUCACCAGGGACAAGAACCGACUCCCAGUGACCCCUAUCCUGUCUUCAGUCCUGAGGCUGGUCCGCUAUCACCUGGGCACUGUCGCCAAAGGAUCCUUCAUCAUCACACUUGUCAAGAUCCCCCGACUCAUCCUCAUGUACAUCCACAACCAGCUCAAAGGAAAGGAGAAUGCGUGUGCUCGCUGUCUGCUGAAAACUUGUAUCUGCUGUCUGUGGUGUUUGGAGAAGUGCCUCAACUAUCUCAAUCAGAAUGCAUAUGCAGCCACAGCCAUCAACAGCACCAGUUUCUGCACAUCUGCACGCGACGCCUUUGUGAUCCUGGUGGAAAAUGCUCUGCGCGUCGCCACAAUCAACGCUGUGGGAGACUUCGUGCUCUUCCUAGGGAAGAUCCUGAUCGUGACAUCGACAGCAUUUGCUGGUGUCCUCCUCCUGAACUACCAGCGGGAUUACGCAGAGUGGCUGCUGCCUCUGAUCAUCGUGUGUCUCUUCGCCUUCCUGGUGGCUCACUGCUUCCUGUCCAUCUUUGAGAUCGUGGUGGACGUCCUCUUCCUCUGCUUUGCAAUUGACACCAAGUACAACGACGGUACUCCGGGGAAGGAGUUCUUCAUGGACAAAGCUCUGAUGGAGUUUGUGGAGAGCAGCCGGCGGUUGGAGCGAGCGGUAGAACGUGGGCGGAGCCGGGUGAAGGAGGUAGUGUCAGAGGGGGCGGAGAUGAAGCCCAUGGCUCCAGGGACGAGUUCAGCUUGACCAAAAUCAGCCAAUGGGACUUCUUAAAAAAAGAGACAUUCCAAAUGUUUAUUUUUACCAACGUGUAACAUGUUUACUAUGGUUUCACUCCAGGGAAAACAAUAUUUUAAUAAGAAACUGUAAAAACGUAACAAUGUAAUGAAGCACUUUAUAUUGAAGCGCUGCAGAUUUUAAACUGGCUGAUGCAUUUUUUCGUAGUGAUGUCCUUUUUUAUAAAACUAAAACAUCUCGUCUCACUCUGAACGCAUCGUCUCAGCUCACGCGUGAGUUCUAAACAGUUUCAGAAAAGCGAGUUUUUCCUCUUUUUUAUCAUUGUUUUUGUUCUGGAGACGAGCUACGGACACAAGACACCGACACAAACUCCUCACCUGGACUCCAUGUUGGAUCGGAAGCGCUGUGAUGUCAUCAGAGGGGUGGAGUCUGUUGAUAAGUGGAGCAGCAGCCAUAAAGCUCCAUAUCUGAUUGGUGGAUGAGAUCUGUGCAAUCACCUGGUGUCAGGUCAGAGUCAAAGGUUAGAUAAAUUCUGCUGCAGCUUCCUGCUUCAGUUGGUCAGCUGAUCAGGUUUCAUGUGUAUGUGAGAGAGUGAUGGGACGCACUGCAAGCAGAUCGAUCACUACAUUUGAUUGAUUAGUUUAUAUUAUAUCGAUUAGAUCAAACCGGAUACAGUUUGACUCAUGCAGAUGUCUCCAUUCAGUGGUCUGUUCACGUUAGGAUGAAUCUUUUGCUGAGUUGACGGUUCUGGUUUACAUUGUCAAACGCGUUUUGAGUGGAUGCUGCCACAGAUGUCACAGACUUAAGACUUAACUAGCGCUUGACUGGUGCUUGAAACCUGUUAGUACUUAGUGAGGAUUUAUGAAAAACAUUACAUGCAAAAUUAGUGAAAUUAUGAACAAAGAGAAUAUAGAGAGAAGUGCUGGUGUAAAAAUCUAAGUUCAUGUUCAAAAAUAAAAAUACAUUCUAUGAAACUACUUAAAUUAACAGAACAGAAAGUAUCACUCCAGUAUCGGAGCAUGGAUUGGUUUACAGAGUAAACGGCACGCUUUGGGCCACUAGCGGAUUAUUAAGCAGAGCUGAGAUCAUAGAAACAAAAUCCGGUGUCACUGGAAUAGGAAUCUGAUUGACUAUUGAUGGCUGAUGAGGGCCUCUUCAACAGUUCACAUUUCAAUGACGUGUUGCUCGCAGUGCGAUGCCUGUUUCAGACUCCAUGUUGGAUGUGUCAUCAUGUGAGCGGAGCCUCUGCUCACCACACAUUAGCAUAAAUGGGGCUCUACACAAACUGCUACAAUCUGCAGGGUGAGGAUCAUGUGACCAGGGGGAGCCAAGCUAGGACUAAUCUGCUAGCAUGUUUACGUCCAGCCUCCAGCUGUCCACUGCUGUUGGCAGAUUAUCUAUAACCCACACUUGAUGAUGUUUCUGUUUGAAAAAUGGAAACAUUUCAGCAUGACUGAAGUUAGCUGUUAAGCUUGUCCAGUUCAUUAUCUGGCAUUUCUACAGACAGAGUGGCUGAAAGUCAUUUGCUGGAUGACAGCUACACAGAAGCUGUCCUCCCAUCCAACUGAUCUUCUGACUUUUCAUCCAGUGCCAUCACGUUGUCAGUAUCUUAACGUGCAUAAGAAUUUAUUUUAUCACCGAACAGAUUGAAAAGCUAAUGAUAUUCCCAUCAGCUGCACAUUGUGUUUACUGCUAACUGGCUAAUGUUAGCAUGCUAACAUACUAUGGAUGCAAAACAUGGUAAACAUGAUACCUGCUAAACAUCAGCAUGUUAGUAGUGACAUUGUGGAUGUGUGAACUAGCCUUUAGACUACUUCUGUCUUUGUCAGUCACAUGGUCUCACC